AAGCAUCAUUUUGCCGCAGCAUCAGACACUCAUCUGUCGGAACCGGAACCACGCGCUGUAAUCCGCAGAUUUCGGGCGUGUGCACAGUUUCUGGACCUCAUGGACGCGCAGCAGCAGAGCCCCGUGGAGAUGAAGGAUGCUCCGCGGGAUGCGGAGGAUGCUGAGACCGCGGAGGCCGAAAUGAGCGAGGCGGACCGGGAGAAGGAGCCCAUGACGGGGACCGGUACCGGGACUGGAGGGGCGGACGCCGAUGAGGAGGCUGCAUCUGACGGGAUGAUGGAGACCGCGGCGGAAACGAACGGAACCGUGAAGCUGAAGGUCCUGGAGGAGGAUGAGGAGCGGAUGAAGUUCAUGGGGCUGAACAAGGAGGAGCUCCUGAGGGUGGCUGGGAGUCCGGGGUGGGUGAGGACCCGCUGGGCCCUCCUGUUGGUGUUCUGGAUUGGCUGGUUGGGGAUGCUGGUGGGGGCCGUCCUCAUCAUCCUCCAGGCUCCGGUUUGCAGAGAGCUGCCCCCCACCGACUGGUGGAACCAGGGUCCACUGCUCCAGAUCAGGAAUCUUCAAGACUUCAGUGAAACCAGGGACCUGAAAGGUUUGGAGCAGAAGGUCAGCAGCUUGUCAGAGCUGAAGCUCAAAGGUCUGGUGAUCGGUCCGAUCCACGCCGCUCCGGCCGACGAUCCCAUGAACCUCCAGUUUGAGGAGAUCUCUCCGGAGUUCGGAAGCCUGGAGCAGUUUAAAAGGCUCCUCCAGACGGCUCAUAAAAAAGGAAUUUUUGUGGUUUUGGAUUUGACUCCCAACUACCGUGGAUCUUCUGGACCCUGGUUCUCCAGCGCCAGUGUGACUAAUGUGGCAGAAAGACUGAAGUCCGCGCUCGUGUUCUGGCUCAGUGAAGGAGUGGACGGCAUCCAGCUGUCGGGGGUGGAGCAGGUGACCCGUAUGGUUCCGUCCCUCUGGACCGACAUCCGGGCCAUCAUCCAGAACGGGACCGACAAGUAUCCCAACAAGAGAGUCCUGAUCGGAGUGACGGACAGCUCCUCCGCUGACACCGUGUCAGACGUCCUCUCCUCCACCGGCGUCGACCUGCUGCUCUCCGGCGUCCUCUCUGCCUCCAACCAGACUGAGCGCGCUCACAACGUCCAGAUGCUGUAUUCCAAUCACAGUCAGACCAAGCUGGCCUGGAGCCUGGAGGCCCCCCAGGACCUGAACCACGAUCUGGUCCGAGUGAACCAGCUGCUGCUGAUGACGCUCCCCGGAACGCCGGUGUUCAUCGGCGGGGAGGAGAUCGGGCUGAAGGACAAGGGUACAAAGAUGGUCUGGGACUCUGAGAAGGAGCUGAAUGACUCUCUGCAGCAGGGGGAGCCAACUGAGCGCACUUUUUUCCGCUCCAUCAGUGAGCUGCGCGGGAAAGAGCGCUCCCUGCUGUUCGGAGACUUCUUCCUCCUCUUCCACUCCUACUCCUCCCUGGCGUACCUGCGCGUCUGGGAUCAGAACGACCGCUUCCUGGCUGCUUUCAACUGGGCGGCGGAGGAGGUGGAGCUCCACCUGAGCGGGGCGGGGCUUCCGCGCCACGCUGUGGUCAUCCUGAGCACCAACAGCAGCGCCCUGCCGGAAGACGGCAGCGUGGACCUGCAGAAGCUGCGGCUGGGGCCCGGACAGGCCGCCCUCGUCAGGUUCCCCUAUGCGGGAUGACCGUCCCAUCAUGAGGACCGUUCACCGGAAAGUCUCACAGAGGCAUGAAGAUGUACACCUAACAUAAGGAAGAAAGAAAGAUGACACAAUCCUGCUGCCUCCAAAACAAACCAUUCCAUAGAUUCCUGAUACAGGAAUUUCACAUUUAUCAGAAAAUCUUUUAGAUCUGCGCUCUUUUUCCUCAUUUGGAAUCUAAACAGUCUUUUUCUGGACCAGCUCUGUAACUGAAAAAACAAAAACUUCCAAUUGAUGCCAUUUCUACCAAGAUAUGGGAAUUUGACAGCAGCAGGAAACACUCAAACAACCCAUUUUCAGCUUAAUCUCCUUUAGGUUUCAGCUGCUCCCUUUAGGGGUCGCCUCAGCCAAUCAUCCUCCUCCAUCCUUUUUAUGCAUCCAGACGGACUUGGGACAUGAAAACACUGGAUUGUACCCCCUUAUUGUUGCAGAAUUCUCUAGUUAAUGAAGAUUAAAAAUUGUCAACUUCCAUGUGAGUGAACAAAAAAGUAUAUGUGUGAUGUGAUCACUGUUUGUGUCAAAAAUAAAAAAUAAAAGAUGUCAAGCAUAACUUAAGAAAAA